GCGACUCCUCCCACCUGCCCAUAAAAGCCAAGUGCAUGUUACCAGCGGCGGAUCCGAGUCCUCUCCCGGUCCUCUCCUGUGGGAGCCGAGCCUCUCUCCUGGACCUUAACGUGCUCAAGAAGCUGUUGUGGACGCAGAGCGGCGUCUGGUGAAGAAACGGAAAGCAGCCCCGAGGUGCCACAGACAGGCACAAGGACCCCGGUCCUCGAUUCCGCCGGCCGCGCACGUCUCAAUGUGAUGGCUGUGCCACCUGCCCCUGUGCCACUGCUGGGAGUGCUGCUCACCAUCUCCCUGGGCCUCAUCAGGCUCAUUCAGGCUGGUGCCUACUAUGGGAUCAAGCCACUGCCACCUCAAAUUCCUCCUCAGAUCCCACCGCAGAUUCCACAAUACCAGCCCCUCGGCCAGCAAGUACCUCACAUGCCUUUGGGCAAAGACGGCCUUAAUGUGGGCAAAGAGUACCCACAUCUACCCCAAUAUAUGAAGGAAAUUCAGCCGGCGCCCAGAAUGGGCAAGGAUGCAGCAGCCAAGAAGGGCAAAGCAGAAAUCCCAGUAGCCAGUUUACGAGGGGAGCAAGGUCCCCGUGGAGAGCCUGGCCCAAGAGGACCGCCUGGGCCCCCUGGGUUACCAGGUCAUGGGAUACCUGGAAUCAAAGGAAAACCAGGGCCACAGGGAUACCCAGGAGUUGGAAAACCAGGUAUGCCUGGAAUGCCAGGAAAGCCAGGAGCCAUGGGAAUGCCCGGGGCAAAAGGCGAAAUUGGACCCAAAGGAGAGAUCGGGCCUAUGGGGAUCCCAGGACCACAAGGACCUCCAGGGCCUCACGGACUUCCUGGCAUUGGGAAGCCAGGUGGGCCAGGGUUACCAGGGCCACCAGGUGCAAAGGGUGAGCGAGGACCCAAAGGCCCACCAGGACCUCCAGGCCUUCAGGGUCCAAAAGGAGAGAAGGGCUUUGGGAUGCCAGGUUUGCCAGGCCUGAAGGGCCCUCCAGGGAUGCACGGUCCUCCUGGCCCUGUCGGACUUCCAGGAGUGGGCAAACCAGGAGUGACUGGCUUCCCUGGGCCCCAGGGGCCCCUGGGAAAGCCAGGUCCUCCAGGCGAACCUGGGCCACAAGGUCCUAUUGGGGUCCCAGGGAUUCAAGGACCUCCUGGGAUACCUGGAAUUGGAAAACCAGGCCAGGAUGGGAUCCCUGGCCAGCCAGGAUUUCCAGGUGGCAAAGGGGAGCAAGGACUGCCAGGGCUGCCAGGACCCCCAGGCCUUCCAGGGAUUGGGAAACCAGGCUUCCCAGGACCCAAAGGUGACAGGGGUGUAGGUGGUGUUCCUGGGGCUCUGGGCCCAAGAGGGGAGAAAGGACCAGUAGGUGCCCCUGGAGUGGGGGGUCCCCCAGGAGAGCCAGGCCUGCCUGGAAUCCCUGGUCCUAUGGGCCCUCCAGGUGCUAUUGGUUUUCCUGGGCCCAAAGGAGAAGGUGGGGUUGUGGGGCCACAGGGACCACCAGGUCCCAAGGGUGAACCAGGGCUUCAGGGCUUCCCAGGAAAGCCAGGCUUCCUGGGUGAAGUGGGGCCCCCUGGCAUAAGGGGUUUGCCAGGUCCCAUAGGGCCCAAGGGGGAAGCUGGGCACAAAGGUUUGCCAGGGCUCCCUGGUGCUCCAGGGCUGCUUGGACCAAAGGGAGAACCAGGAAUCCCAGGGGAUCAGGGUCUACAGGGGCCCCCGGGCAUCCCAGGGAUUGCAGGCCCCAGUGGCCCCAUUGGACCACCUGGAAUUCCAGGCCCCAAAGGGGAACCAGGCCUCCCAGGGCCCCCUGGGUUCCCUGGAAUAGGGAAGCCGGGGGUCGCAGGACUUCAUGGCCCCCCAGGAAAGCCUGGUGCCCUUGGUCCUCAAGGCCAGCCUGGCCUUCCAGGGCCCCCUGGCCCUCCAGGGCCCCCAGGCGCCCCAGCUGGGAUGCCCCCUACACCACCACCCCAUGGAGAGUAUCUGCCCGACAUGGGGGUGGGGAUUGAUGGCGUGAAGCCCCCCCACGCCUAUGGGGCUAAGAAGGGCAAGAACGGAGGGCCAGCCUACGAGAUGCCCGCGUUUACCGCUGAGCUGACUGCACCUUUCCCCCCCGUGGGGGCCCCAGUGAAGUUUGACAAACUGCUCUAUAACGGCAGACAGAACUACAACCCGCAGACGGGCAUCUUCACCUGUGAGGUCCCUGGCGUCUACUACUUUGCAUACCAUGUUCACUGCAAGGGGGGCAACGUGUGGGUUGCCCUGUUCAAGAACAACGAGCCCGUGAUGUACACGUACGAUGAGUACAAAAAGGGCUUUCUGGACCAGGCGUCGGGGAGCGCGGUGCUGCUGCUCAGGCCCGGGGACCGCGUGUUCCUCCAGCUGCCCUCAGAACAGGCUGCAGGGCUGUACGCCGGGCAGUACGUCCACUCCUCCUUUUCAGGAUAUUUAUUGUAUCCCAUGUAAAAAAGAAAAGAAAAAGAGAGAUUUAAUAGAAGAAAAGACAAUGACGCACCAAAAAAUCCAAAUGAAAAACAUAAUUGCUUCAAAACAUUUAUAUAGUUGGAAAGUUAUAUUUAAGUGAAAAUUUGAACCAUCAUGUACAAAUAAAAACUAAGAUGCAUGUUUAAUGCUCCACACAGCAGCUUGUAAUUGAAAAGGAUGGGAUAGAUUUAUGUAUCAAGUACUGACACCUGUUGUACCCACUGGAAUCAUAUUAGCUGUUGUAUGUUAUAUGCUUCCAUGAUAACCUGCUUAUUCAGAUCAGUCAAAAUAUUUCAGUAAGAGAUCAUAGCUAAUGAAAGUCACUCACUCAUAUUGUUUACUUAAAAUAUUUAUAAAUAUGGCUUAAAGAGAUGUCAAUGAUAACAAUUACAUACCGUAUUUACUUGCAUAAUUUCCUCUGUAUUUAUGCAGAUAUUUGUCUUGGAGGGGGGAGGGGAGUUCUCCAGUGUUACUGCCCCAUGGGAGGGGCCGGGGGACCACGGUAGGCCUUCAGUAUCAGAAUGCUUCUCUCACCAGAGGCUGUGUCUUUAGCAACAGGAGUCCUACCAAGAAUCAUGUGUCUCAUGUCUCCAGAAGAACGAGUGAACCAAUCAGCACUGUGCAUUUACCCAGUGCCUUCUCUGUGCGAGCACUGGGUAAGACAUUUCUGUGGGGCAUAGAGAGGGAGGGCCUCACGAGGAGCUCACAAGCCCACUGGGAGACAUGAGCAGUAAUUAACUCAUUUAUUCCUCAAGGGUUCUUUUUGUUUUUUAUUUCUUUGAUUUUUUUUUCUUUCUUCUUCCCUCCAUGUAAUUUCCACUAUGGCCUAACUGAUAUGAACACCUGGAAGUAACAAGAAAAAAAAUAAUCCUCUCGCCCAGUAAUGUUCCAGUUUUGUGGGAUGCUCAUUAUCAACAGCAGUACUGUGUUCACACACAUACAAACACCCCCUCCUGUGCCGACACACACAAAUGGCUACAAUGAGGUUUCAUCCAUGAAGGGGAUAGCCAUUUUUUUUAGUGCUGUUGAGUUUCGAGGAAAUUUCCCUGGGUAGUAUAUAUGCAAACUGGUGUGUCGUCUGGGGUUCCAAAGUCAAUUUCCAAAAUCCAAGCCAUCCUUUACUAGUGGGCGGGGGGGGGGGG